AUGGGCUCCAGCCGAUCUCGCAAGGGCUCCAAGGCCGCAGCGCAGCAGCACGACGACAACGAUGAUCUGCUGGUGACCAAGGGCUCGUCUAAGGCCGCGCGCCCGACGCCGCCCAGCAGCCCGGAGGUCCAGCUCAAGGUGAACCAGAAGUUCGCCGCGGCCUUCGAGGAGCGCAAGCGCAAGGAGGAGCUCUCGGCGCUCGAGAAGCGCGGACUGAACCCCGACGAUGACGACGACGAGUCGGACUCGGAGACGGAGGACGAGGACGGCGAGGAGCUCACGAAGGAGCUGGACGCGGACAUCUCCAAGACGCUGAAGCUCAUCCGCAAGAAGGACCCGGCCAUCUACGACUCGUCCAUCGCCUUCUUCAAGAAGCCGGAGAGCGACAGCGACAGCGACGACGACAGCGACAAGAAGGGCAAGAAGAAGAAGGGCUCGGCCCCGCUGUACUACAAGGAUUUGGUGCGUCAGCAGGUGAUCGCGGGCGACCAGGCGCAGAUCAAGAAGGAUUUCCUUAAGAAGAAGACGGAAGGAGAGCAGAAGCAGGAGGACGAGGAGUACGAGGAGUUCACCACCAAGUACGGCUCCAAGCUCAAGAAGGACGACAUGGACCCGGACAAGUUCCUGGAGCACUACCUGAGCAGUGAAGGCUGGAAGGACAAGACGGCAGUCGUCCCCCACUAUGAGGACAUCGUCAAGGAGGACGAAGAGGACGCCGAGGAGCUUGAGAAGGCCGAGGACUUUGAACACACGUACAACUUUCGCUUUGAGGAGCAGGGAAGCAGCAUUAUCCAGACGCACGCGCGUCACAUUGAGGACACGAUGCGUCGCGAGGACGACUCCCGUAAGCGCAAACGUGCCGAGCGUAAGGAGCGCAAGGCCCUCGAGCGUCAGAAGAAGGAGGAGGAACUGCGUCGUCUGAAGAACCUCAAGCAGGCCGAAAUCGAGCAGAAGCUUAAGAAGGUGGCGCGGCUCAUGGGCGAGGCAGAGGGCACGGCCGGUCUGAAGCCGGAGGACUUGGAGGGUGACUUCGACCCCGAAGAGUACGACAAGCGGAUGCAGGCUGUCUUUGAUGAGCAGUACUACGACGAGGACGACGACGAUAUGGAGAAGCCUACAUGGGACGAGGAGGAAGACAAGGAGCUGUUUGCUGGUCUGCCUAAGAUGACGAUGGAGGAGAUGCAGCGUGAAAAGCAGAAGUACCUGGACGAGCUGUACAGCCUUGACUACGAAGACCUAAUCGGCGAUAUCAAGUGCCGCUUCAAAUACCGCCAGGUGGAGAACAACGACUUCGGCUUGACGGUGGAUGAGAUAAUGGCUGCCGACGACAAGGAGCUCAAGCAGCUUGUGUCUCUCAAGCGUAUGGCACCGUAUGCUGAGACGGAGUUCGCUGUGGACCGCAAGCGGCUUAAGAACUUCAAGAAGAGCGUGCGCGAAGCUCAGGAGGAGAACCGUAGACGUAAGAACAAGGAGGCUGCAGAGACGGGUGAGGCACAGAACGGUGAGGCCGAGCAGCCGAAGAAGAAGCGGAAGCGCAACAAAAAGAAGAAGGCGAAGGCCUCAGACGAACCCGAGAAGAAGAAGAAGCGUCGUAGUAAGAAGAAGAAGGGCGGUGCCGAAAAGAACGCGUUCGCAUCCACCGGUCUGCCGACUUCCCGACUCGAGUCGUACAAGCUGGUCAAGGCUAGUAAAAAGUAG